AUGAAGAUUAGUGUAAAGACAAGUAAGGGCGAGGUGUACACUGUGGAGGUAGAAGGCGCGGAAAGCACAAUAUUGCAGCUUAAAACAAAAAUCUCAGAGCAGGUUGAUGUCCCUGUCUCUAAGAUUCGACUGAUCCACGUGGGAAAGCUUCUUAAGGACAGCGACCCUCUCACAGCAUACAGGCUGGAGGAGGGCUCUACGGUGCAUCUGGUGGUGCCCAGCACGGACAAAAAGCCCAGCCCUGCCAGCACGGGGGAGCAGCCCUCCGCCCAGCCUGCAGCAGGCGCGGGGGCAGGGCCUGCAGAGGCGCAGGGCGCAAGCCGGGCAGCAGCACAGUCUGCCGCGUCUGGGUUUUCAGGCGGCAGUGGGCAAAUUGACCAAGGGUUUUUGAACGCGCUGUCAAACAUGAACGGAAGCGGGCAGGCCGGCACAAACGCAGCGAUGCAGAACCGGGUAAAGGAGCUUAUGAAGAACCCAGAGCAGAUGAAAAUCCUUAUGGAGGCCUCUCUCAGCAUGCAGAACUUCCCGGAGCCAACAAAAAAAAUGAUGAUGGACAACAUAAAUAAGUUUGCAGACAUGGCAAAAAGCAACCCUGAGCAGUUUGAGGCUUUUGUCACGCACAUUUUGGACAAUCCGAGCAUGUACAUGGGGCCUGGAAUGGCCGGGUUUCCUCCGGCAGGAGACAUGCUUGGAGCGGGAAGAGAGCGUGCGCCCGCGGGCGCGCCUUUUGGCGUGCCGGGCAUGCCCUCUUUCGACAGGGAGGAGGCUCUUGCAAAGUACAAGACCGAGCUCGCAGAGCUAGAGCAAAUAGGAUACAGCAACGUCGAGAUGAAUCUUGUGGCGCUGGUCUGCACAGAGGGGGAUCUGACAAAGGCGGUCAAUCUUAUUAUGGAUUGGACAAGCGAAGAUACCCAUUAG